AUGCACCGUUUUCAACCUACACGCGCAUCCCCUCCGAUUAGGACAUCUGCUCUCAGCACUUCCUCUCGGACAGAACCCUCUGUCGCGGUGGCACCAGAACUCCAACAUCUUUCCCCAGAAGAUAUCGACAUUCUGGAUGCCGUGAUAGAUCGCGCUGGUCCUUCCGCCACAACUUUCUUUAAGAUAUUCAAGGCGUACUCGGACGUACUAAAAGAACGUGGCCUAGACCCUCAAGAAGUCGUCUACUAUGGAAAGCUUUUGAAGCUAGGAAACCUGAAGGGCAAGGAUUGGGGGGAGAAGUGGAGAAAGGUCAAAGAUCAAGCUAGCUUGAGUCCGGGCACACCUCUACAAAGUUUCCAAUCAGAAACUGAUGUCAACCACCCCUUCCUAUCUCAGACCCAAGCUGGACUCUCUGAAAACUCCUAUGAUACACCCAUCAACGAGCGAAACCAGCCUACAUCAUGGAUUCCAGAAUCGAAACGUGAAAUCCUAUCGAGAGCUGACACUCGUAUACCCACCCGAAGACGAGGACCGACCGAUUUCUUUCCACAACCCUUCCAGGGAGAUACAAUGGAUAUGUCAAGUAUAUCAGCUGCCCGCCCACCAUCUAAGGCACUGGCCUUUGAAAUGGAUUCAACUGUCGCGUCUGAGGAUGUUGGAAAUUUAUCUCCUGUCCCUCCGUCCUACAAAUCAACAGCUCUGACGAAACCCACCUCGCGUUUAGUGCCCCCGAAGGCGUCUUCACAUUUAAACUCUAAUAUGGCGAUGUCCCGCAAUCCCAAUAUGCCAAAAGAUCAAAAGAAAUCUAUAAAUCCGGAUGAUGUGUGGAAAAAUAUCCAAAUGGAACGAGAUGAAAAGGCGGCUGAUAAAUUUCGGGAAGACAAGCUGGUUCGUCGGUAUAUAGAGAUGUGGCGACAGGGUUUGUCAUGGAUUUUGACGACUCAUAAACAAGUUGCGGAAGCCCGAGACAAGAUUGACCUAAAGACGUAUAUGCAACGCUGGCAAAAUCGCGUGAAUAUACGGAUAGUAGCUGAGAACGAAUUGGUCAAUCAGUUCCAAAGACGCAAUCUCAAAAAAUUCUUCAAAAUAUGGCAGGCACGACUGAGGCAAAGGCGACAAGCAGCCUGGAGAAACGAUAUGCGCAAUAAAAUGAAGACUGUUAAAAUGCUCUCCGACAACAGAGUGAUGAAGGAGGCAUGGGAGAAAUGGCGACUACUUCAACUUUCUCGUCGAGCGGAUAAACAUUAUCGAUCUACUCUACUUGUGCGCCAUCACGGACGAUGGAAAGGACGAUUGAUUGUACUGGACAACUUAGAUGUGAUCGCAGACGAUUUUGCAGAACAUGUUUAUCUCAGGUCUUUGCAGCAUUUUUGGAAUGUCUGGAAGCAAGCUACCAGCUUGCGUGGAGAUCAAAGGAUCAUAACGCGUAAAGUAGAUUGCAGGGUCAUGACCACGGCUUUUGACCUAUGGAGGAAGCGCAUCGCACAAGCUAGGCUUAGCGAUAAGUUCAGAGAUGGAAUGAUAUUGAAACGGACAAUGCAGAAAUGGAAACGGACACAAACGAACCUUAAACUUCUGGAACGUCGUGCAGACAAGCAUCUCGCCAGGCAGGAUGAUCUCCUUUGCCGGGCAAUUAUCAGAAUCUGGAGAGCCCGAAUGCGUGGCAAAAAGUAUGAAGACUUCCGUUCAAGACAGGAUCUACAAAACGCAUGGAAAAAGUGGUUAGCCAAAAUCGCAAGUAAUAAUGCGCGGAUGGAUGUUGCUGUGGUCCACUUUAAUCGGACUGACAACCGUCUUGUCGGUUCUACUAUUGCUCGUUGGCGUCAAGUCCUACAGACACAUCGAAAUGCUCAUGCUUAUGCCGUCAGCUACGACAAAGAUCGCUUACGUGCUAAAAUGUUAUUACUUUGGCGCCUGCGACUACGAGAGCAAGCGCAGUCAGCCAAAGUAGCUCGAUGGGCUAAUAGAUUUUUUGCCACGAGAAGGGCGUGGAAUGUAUGGGUUCUGGCAAUGGAAGAACGGAAACGUCAGGAGCGAUUAAAACUUUGGAACUUAUCAAAGGUUGAAAAGAUUAUGAAAGGCAAGUCCGACAUAGUGAUGACCUCAGGCAACGGUUUCAUUGACGAUAUUUCCAGUUUGGCGAGAUCGAACGAGGCAGAUUAA